AGGCUGCUGGCACCUUUGGCCCCUCUAGGUAUCGCCUCCCUUCGGCGGGUGAACCGCGCCGGAUUUUCCUCCCGGAUGAUGCGGAGGGCGUGGUUUGGCAAGAGCAACAAGGAGAAGUUCGAGAACUACUUGGCGCAGUGCAGCGGCUACACCGAGAGGGACUUGGCAUGCCUGCCGCCGCGCUGGCGGACGCUGCUGAAAGGGAUCAAAGCAGGGCUGUGCAUCCCUUCGCUGGUGAAGGCAGUGAAGAUCCUCUAUGAUGACAUCCUGCCCCUGCGCAUGGGGGCGGACCUGGUCUCCAGACAACUGGACCAGAAGGUGCUUGAGGCGACCAAUCGCAUCGGGCAAGAUAUUCCAGAUAGUCAGCUGGUGGCGCACCGAGAGCUCUUCGACACUUUGGAUGCCGAUGGCUCCGGCACCAUCGGCAAGCAGGAGUUGGAGGCCAUCAACUCAGCCGUGCUUUUGGGUCCUGGGGGGCAAAAGCUGCACGACUCCGUGAACGAGCGCCUGAGCAAGUUGGUCACGGCCCUGUCCGACGACUGCGACGAGAUCGACUUCCCGGAGUUCUUAGAAGGAGCUGGGCGCCUGCUUUGCGAAGACACGGGGGAGCCCCUGACGGCGGAGCAGACACGGCAGAUCGUGAGGGAUCUCAUGCCACACAUGCCGACCUGGAAGAAGGCGGACGGCAAGUACAACCAGCGCUUCGAAGAAAUCGUCACCUUCAUCCAAGACUGGGAGAAGGAGGGCACGCAUCUGACGGGCAACGGCCGACUCGGCAAAGUGCUGCUAGGCAGCUUCGAGGCGGCCAAGGAUGAGGAGGUUCUGGAGGCGCUGCGCUUCGUGUACAACGACAUCGCCCCCUUCCGAGUCGCCGGCGAGCUCAUCUUCGGCAUCGUCAGCAGGUUCAUCCGCGCCCCCACGACCUGAGCUGUGCAAGUGGUUUGAACUUGGCAAGCGAUCGUUUUUUUUUCAAGAGACGGAGAGCUGCUGGCGGCAGCUUCUUUUUCGGCAAGAAAUGAUGGGCGGGUAAGUGCCGAGCGAUUGUCGUUGCUUGCUCCUGAAGCAACUGGGUCCCGCCCACUACUUGAACUCCGUUCCCACUGACGGCCUAGGCAAGCAGCUCUGGCAUUUGUGAGGGUCUUUCAAGCUGGCAAUACGCGUCUGCCAGCUCACAUGUCUGCCGAUCGUUGCUUUCAAGAAGUGUUUGAAGCGGUACCAAUGAAUUCUGUCCUCAAAGCGAGCCGAGGGUAAAACGCGCUCCACCAAAAACAGCCAUAAUGUACAAGUUUUUCAGCGGCCGGCAAUUGGGCAUGUUGCCAUCGAGGGCGGGUGCUUACAGUCAGCCAUGGCCCAGUUUUUCUCCUUCGGGCAAAUGCCGAGGGGUUGAAAGGCGGAUUCCGGAUUCCGGUUGCGGAGUG